UUGUUGAGCUAUAAAUAGCCACCAAUGCCCAAUUGCCACAUUCACGCAUACAGAAAAUAGAAGCAAAUAGAGCUCUAGGUUUGAGAAUCCCCAUGGCAGAAAGAGCAGAAGGAAGGCCCUCAGAUGCGCUCAGCGUGAUGGUCAUUGAUGAAGAUGAGUUCCAUGCCAACUCUGCAAAAUCCAUUCUCUCUGAAUUGAACUAUUAUGUGGCAGUCUAUACAAGUCCCAUAGAAGCGCUCGGUAUUCUUGAAAAGAAAGCACAUGAUGUUGAUUUUGUCAUAGCAGCGGUGGACAUGGAAGAGUUGAAUGGCUUUCAGUUCCUGGAAGCAGCCAAAGAUAUGCAUCGAAACCUUCAAGUGAUCAUGAUGUCAGUAGAUACAACAAUGUACACAAUGAAGAGAUCUAUUGAACUUGGUGCUCGUUUUUUGGCGAAGAAGCCUCUUGAUGCUACUACCAUUCACAAUAUGUGGCAACAUCUUGAUGUAAAAGUUCUUAGGCUGAACAGGAUGAAGUAUCUGUUUCAAGGUGUUGGAGAUAAAGCGCAAGAUGGAGAAGAAGUUGGAGAGUCUGUAGAACAGCAAAAGGAUGGAACUAAAACGACCACUCAUUUCAAAUGGAUACCUUUCCUGGAGAGCAAGUUUUUAUAUGCCCUUCAAAUACUUGGAGCAAAUGCAUCGCCCAGCAAGAUAAAGAUAAUCAUGAACGUGGAUACUGUUACGAGGAAACAAAUUUCUGCGCAUCUGCAGAAACAUCGAAAGCGUAUGAAAAGGGAACAAAACAUGGCAAUGUUUAUGGAUAGCUACGGGAAUUGUGCCUCAAGUUCUAAAUCCGUGAAGACUCGUCAUACAAUCCCUUACAUGUCGGGCUAUCAUUCAGAAGACGAUGUCCAAAGAACAAUGAUGCCAAACUUGUUUGGAGACACUCAAGGCGUUGAUGUAUCUGCAGCAAUGCGAAGAGCCUUACAACUUGGGGCUGUUUUUGACGAGUUCCAGUAUUCCAAUGGUCCUUCUAGUGACGAACCAUGUGAAGUUAUAGGACAUAUAACAGGAGAAGAUGGCAUUGUUGAUGAAGCUAAUGGCUCAAAUUCAUCUAGUCGUGAUCAAGUUGCUGCUCAAACAUACAAUUCAAGAGCUACACAAGCAAUCACAUUCCGGAACAAUUAUCAUCAUGACCAAGUCUCCAACAUAAGUAAGGUUCCAGUUGAGGGCCUUGUAGACUAUCCAGAUUCCGAGGAUUCUGAUUAACAGGAGAUACCUUAAUUCAACUAGAUAUUAUUGAGUAUGGACCUGAAAUCUCACUAGACUCUAUGGUGAGUUGAAGGUAAUAUUAGGGGCCUAAUCAAAGUGUCAUUAUUUUCUUUGCAAGAUUGACCAAGACAUUCCAAUAAGAUUGAAUCGUGAGUGCUAGAAACUAAGAAACAAGAUAGCUUACUCUCCGAUUUAUACUAGAUAUACUAGUUCGCUAUUCUUGUAAAGAAAAUCAUGAGUGAGAACGACAUCGUACCAGUUUGGACGAAAAAGACGACUAGGCGUCCCUCAUGGACAUCCAGGUCGCCGACGAACCCAACUCCACCCGUAGAGUCAGCUGCACGCCACCUCGAUCUCCCUCUAUAUGGGA